UUGAAGCCUUGAUCUCGCAAGGGCUCUCAGGGGCUGCAGCUUUGUUCCUUUCCGAAUGGCGCGCAGGGCUGAGCCCCCCGACGGGGGCUGGGGAUGGAUGGUGGUGCUCUCAGCGUUCUUCCAGUCGGCGCUCGUAUUUGGGGUGCUCCGGUCCUUCGGUGUCUUCUUCGUGGAAUUUGUGGCGGCGUUUGAGGAACAGGCAGCCAGAGUUUCCUGGAUCGCUUCCAUAGGGAUCGCGGUGCAGCAGUUUGGGAGCCCAAUAGGCAGUGCCCUGAGCACGAAGUUGGGGCCCAGGCCUGUGGUGAUGACUGGGGGCAUCUUGGCUGCGCUGGGAAUGCUGCUUGCUUCAUUUGCUACCUCCUUGACCCACCUAUACCUGAGUAUUGGGCUGCUGUCAGGCUCUGGCUGGGCCCUGACCUUCACUCCGACCCUGGCCUGCCUCUCCCGUUACUUCUCUCGACGUCGAUCUCUGGCCAUGGGGCUGGCAUUGACUGGAGUGGGUCUCUCUUCUUUUGCAUUUGCCCCCCUCUUCCAGUGGCUGAUAAGCAAGUAUGCCUGGAGGGGAGCCCUCUUGCUAGUGUCUGCCCUCUCCUUGCACCUGAUGGCCUGCGGUGCUCUCCUCCGCCCACUCUCCCUGACUGAAGACUCUUCCGUGGGUGGCCCUGGGGCCCAGCUCACCUCCCUCCUCCAUCAUGGCCCCUUCCUCCGUUACACUGUUGCCCUUACUCUGAUCAACACUGGCUACUUCAUUCCCUACGUCCAUCUGGUGGCGCAUCUGCAGGACCUGGGCUGGGACCCACUGCCUGCUGCCUUCCUACUCUCGGUGGCUGCGAUUUCUGACCUCGUGGGCCGGGUCGCCUCUGGUUGGCUGGGAGAUGCAGUUCCAGGGCCUGUGGUACGACUGCUGAUGCUCUGGACCACCCUGACUGGGGUGUCACUAGCCCUGUUCCCUGUGGCUCAGGCUCCCACAACCCUGGUGGUUCUGGCUGUGGCCUACGGCUUCACGUCAGGGGCCCUGACCCCAGUGGCCUUCUCCGUGCUUCCUGAGCUGGUGGGGACGGCAAGGAUUUACUGUGGCCUGGGACUGGUACAGAUGAUAGAGAGCAUCGGGGGGCUAUUGGGAGCACCUCUCUCAGGCUACCUCCGGGAUGUGACAGGCAACUACAUGGCUUCUUUUAUGGUGGCUGGGGCCUUCCUUCUUGCAGGGAGUGGAGUUCUUAUCACCUUGCCCCAUUUCUUCUCCUGCAUCUCAGCUUCUACCUCCAGACCCCAGGACCUUGUAAUAGAGGCACCCGAGACCAAAAUUCCCCUGCCCAAGGAGGAGGGCUUGGGAGAGGACUGAACUCCACCAGGAGGUAGUGGUCAUGGAAAGCCGGAGCUUGACAGCACCAGGUCCUCUGCCCCGUCAAGGCGUCCUCAGAAACACAGUGCCUUAGGAUUCUUGAUCUGCCUCCACCAGAGCAGACCUGGGGUUCCCGCGAUUGAUGUGCCAACCCUCUGUAUUUUGUUGAUGACUUUCACAUCACCUCCUCUGUUCUCCCCAACUUUUCUGAAGGAUCCAGGAGAUCUCAGCCCACUGAGUUCUGAAUCAAAUCUGAAAAUCAAAGGCCAAGAGUCUUCUCAUGUUUUAUAUGUGAUUUCUGGUCUCGCUUGGAUAUAAAGCAAAUAAGGAAACUGAACAGUAAUUGUAACCUCAAAAAGAACUGGAGGUCCAGGUGCUUGGGGCAGCUAACAGGUCACCGCUGAACAAAGGAGCAGAGAUGUCCGUGAGCCUGCUGACCCAGAGUUCUUCCCUCCCGUCCAUUCCCUCCCUCUUCUCCACCACUCCUGUGAUACAGAGGGAAGAAAACGAAGAGAAAAGUCUGUGUGUGGAGGAAGGCGGCUUGGGAGCAGAAGCUGCAACCUAAGAUUCUUGUACUUUUGAGACAGAGCCUCACCAUGUAGCUCAGGCUGCUCUUGAACUUGAGACCUGGCCUCCACCCAAGUACUGGGAUUACAGGUGCUCACAACCAUACCGAUGGGUUUUUGUUUCUCUUAGACUAACAAAGGCAGAUCAAAAUGCAAGAAAAAGCAUGAAGUUUGGGAGCUGGAAAAAAAAAAUAAUAAGCUCAGCAGUUAAAAGCACUUCCUGCUCUUCCAGAGGGCCAAAGCCACCCACACAUGGUGGCUCACAACCAC